AAAAAGGGGUCCUGGAAGAGAGUCAAAACGCGCCAAGUUUCUCGGUGCGGAGGCGGCCGAGUUUGGACUAAUCCAAUAUUGGUGUUCUCCGUCUCCCCCUCCCCCACGUUUAGCCUUUGGGAGCGCGCAGAACGGCAAGAUGUAGCGGGAGUAACUGCGGAUUACAGUUCUCUUUCAUGCUUUCCUCCACGUUUGGCUGAGGGGGGAAAAUGCCUGGCGUGUUGCCCAGUGACAGUCACGGACUUUCAAGAGAUACGCCAGCAGCAAAAAGCAGGCUGUCAUUGAAGUUUUUCCAGAAAAGAGAAACAAAAAGAGCACUAGAUUUUGUAGAAUCAGCGGAAAAUGAACAAAAGGCUUCAGCAUAUGAGUCUUCUGAAAUAGAUCAAAUAGUUCCUGCAGCACAACCUCUUUCACCAGCCUGUUGUGAUAAAAAAGACAACAUGCUACCUUUUGUGGGAUUGAACAAUCUUGGAAACACUUGUUAUCUUAACAGCAUACUUCAGGUGCUCUAUUUUUGUCCUGGCUUUAAAACAGGAGUGAAACAAUUGUUUAAUAUAAUUUCAAAAAGGAAGGAAAGUUUAAAGGAUGAAAUAGAUAAGGAAACUACUAAAGAACAUUCUUUUGGAAGUUAUGAAUUGGUAUGCAGCUUACACACUUUGAUUGUUUCAGUUGAACAGCUUCAGGCAAGCUUUCUUUUAAAUCCAGAUAAAUAUACAGAUGAACUUGCUACUCAACCAAGAAGACUGCUAAAUACACUUAGAGAGCUAAAUCCCAUGUAUGAAGGAUAUUUGCAGCAUGAUGCUCAAGAAGUAUUACAGUGUAUAUUAGGACAUAUUCAAGGAACUUGCCAGCUCUUAAAGGAGGAACUACGACGGAAAUCACUGGAGGAGCCUGCAAUUCAACUGAAAAAAAAAUCUAAUUUGGAUGCCAAUGGCAUUAGCUUUGGGGAAGAUGAUACUAUGCUCCAGAGCCAAACUAUAAAGAAUUAUGAAACCAAAACAAAAGAAAAUGCAAAGAGGAAAAAUGUUAUGGAAGGUGGUAAUGAAAAGAAAAAAUCAAAAGUCUUCAAAGAGAAAAACGGAGUAGAAGAAAAUUUGAGACAGACUCGAUCGAAAAGAAAAGCUUUGGAAGAAAAAGUAGAAAAUCAAACUGAAGAUACCAUUAAACAGUCUGUUGAAAAUGAAAAUACAAAACCAAUACAUAAAAAAUCAAGACUUAGAUUAAAUUGGUUAAAAUCUUCAAAUGACCAGCCUAGCAUUUUAUCUAAAUUUUGUAGUCUGGGAAAACUGAAAACAAAUUUGGUGUCCAAAGAUCAAGUUAAAGACAUUAACAACUGUGAACUUACAGACAGUUCCCUCAAGUAUGAAAACGAUAGCAAAUCAAACAGAGAAUGUUGUGAUUCUUCAUCUAUGAAAAUUACAGUUGGAGAAAGAACUGAAUGCUUCAGUCAAGAAUUUGCUAUCUUCAAUUUAGUGGAGAGACUCUUCCAAGGUCAAUUGGUCUUACGAACCCGAUGUUUAGAGUGUGAGUGCUUUACUGAGAGAAGAGAAGAUUUUCAAGAUAUCAGUGUACCCGUUCAAAAAGAUGAGCUCUUAAAAGUAGAGGAAAAUUCUGAAAUUUCCCCAGAGCCCAAAACGGAUGUAAAGACUUUGAAAUGGGCAAUUUCACAGUUUGCUUCCAUAGAGAGGAUUGUGGGAGAAGAUAAAUACUUUUGUGAAAAUUGUCUCCAUUACACAGAAGCGGAACGCAGUCUUUUGUUUGAUAAAAUGCCUGAAGUUGUAACAAUCCACCUGAAGUGCUUUGCUGCAAGUGGCUUAGAGUUUGAUUCUUAUGGUGGACUCUCCAAAAUAAAUACACCUUUACAGACACCUCUCAAGCUGUCCUUGGAUGACUGGAGCAUAAACCCAGCUAAUGAAAUCUAUGGAUUAUUUGCCAUAGUGAUGCACAGUGGAAUUACUAUUAGCAGCGGCCACUACACAGCCUCAGUGAAACUCACAGAUCUUGACAGCUUGCAAACAGACAGUGAUAAUUUCAGCAGUGAUGUCCUUUGUAAAUUUUGCCCAGAGCCAUUAAAUGAACAAGAGGCCAAAGCUGUCACUGAGGACUAUGAUGAUGGUGAGGUCUCUUUUACAGUUGGAGAAAGCACUCAACCUAGCAAAGGACUGAACAAAAAGAACAUGGAAGCUGUGGGUCUUUUGGGCGGACAGAAAAGCAAGUCCAGCUGUGAUUUGCCAAAUAACAAAGUAGCCCAUUCUGAGAAAAUUGCUCAUGUGAUGGGUGAAGCAAGAAAUGCUGAAUGGAACUGUCCUAAAGCAAUCAUGACAUUUGAAGAGUGCGAACAAACUGGCACUACGUCCACUGGACUAGAAAAUGAAGCAGCGCAUGUAAUGAAUUCCCUAAAACAGUAUGAAGGCAAGUGGCUGCUUUUUGACGAUUCAGAAGUUAAACUUAUAGAGGAAAGAGAUUUUCUUAACUUGUUGUCUCCAGUUUCAUCAUCUACAUCUACUCCUUAUCUGCUAUUUUAUAAGAAAAUUGUAGAGUGAGAUUGUAUUUUGAUAGGCAAAGGGUAGCUUUUGAAAAACAUUCAGUGACAAUUUUGUAGAUACAUGUUAAAAUUAUUUUCAUUCUAUAAAAAGGGGCAGAUGUGUUUUUUUUAAAGGCAAUAAUUCAAUUUGUAGAUGUUAUACAAAUUGCUUUAGAAUACAAGUCUGUAUAUAUUCUGUUGAAUAAUGUCUUAAGAGCAAGCACCAUAUACAGCAGUGAUUCCAGCUUCAUCGCACUACUUGUACAGUAAAUAUAUUAUUUUUAAAAAAUAAAGUUGCAUGUAUUCACACUCUUGCAAAAAUUUGUAGCUGAUGAUAAAAGAAACAUGAUUUUUGUAUAAAAAAGGAAACUGCAUCUGUGUAUGA